GUUUUAAUCUAUAAUAGAAAUAGUUUUUUUCUUUUUUGAGUCACCUGCCAGCAUCUAAAGGGGAGAACUUCACUGUCUGUCUCCCUGCCUCUUCCCUCUCCUCUCCCUCAUCUCCUGCUCUCUGUGUUUCUCCCUCCCUCACUGCAUUUUUCCCAGACUGCUGCGUCAAUGGACCCUCUGGCUCCGCUCCUUUCGUCAGUGACUUGGAGCGCUUUGAGAACUUUGUGAACUCUCUGCGUUGGAGUGGAAAGGGAUAGGAAGGGGAGAAGUUGAUGGGACGCAGCCCGGCAGCAGCAGCAGGCUCCUCGGGAGACGACAUCAGGACUCACAGCUGGAGAUAAUCCCCCCGGGUCAUGGCAAGACAGCGCAUCACCCUCCUCACCCCCCUGGCUCUGCUGGGACUCCUCGCAGGGCUGGUAGACCUUAGCCAUGGCUCUGCUCGUGAGGAUGAGGAUUACUACAUGCAGGAGCUGCUGACAAGAGAGCAUAUCAACCAGUUCCAGGAGAAGCCUGUGGCCUCAAUACCUGAUAGGCAUGAGCCGCCCAGCCCAAAACCUGCAAAGAAAGGGACCAAAGGAAAAGCAGACAGCAGCAGGCAGACGGAUAAAGCCACAGCUAAUUCAAAAGCAGUGAAAACAGCCAACAAGAAGGCUGAGAAGACCAAGAAGGGUGCCUUGAAAACCCCAAACAGCAUAUCUGAAGGAGAAGGACAAUAUAACUCAAUAAAAGAGGAAUGCCCUCCCAUGGGACUGGAGACAUCGAAGAUUGAUGAUUUCCAGCUUCACGCUUCAACCACGAAACGCUACGGCCUCGGUCCACACAGAGGUCGUCUCAACAUUCAGGUGGGUUCUGUGGUGUCUGAAGUCCAAGUCGUCCGUUGUUAUGACUUCAUUGCGUCUGUGCUCAUGAAGGUCGUCAAUGAAAUGUGCCCUAAUAUCACCCGGAUCUAUAACAUUGGAAAGAGCCACAGUGGCCUCAAGCUGUACGCCAUAGAGAUUUCUGACAACCCAGGAGAGCAUGAAGUUGGUGAACCAGAGUUUCGUUACACUGCAGGUUCCCAUGGCAACGAGGUGCUGGGACGUGAGCUGCUCCUCCUUCUGAUGCAGUUCAUGUGUCUGGAGUAUCUGUCCGGCAACCAGCGCAUACGUCAUCUGGUGGAGGAGACCAGAAUCCAUCUGCUGCCAUCCGUCAACCCCGAUGGGUACGAGAAAGCCUUUGAAGUGGGUUCAGAGCUCAGCGGGUGGUCUCUGGGUCGAUGGAGCAGUGAUGGAAUAGACAUUCACCAUAACUUCCCAGAUCUCAACUCCAUACUGUGGGAAGCCGAGGUUAAGAAGUGGAUCCCUCGCAAAAUGUUCAACCACCAUGUGCCCAUCCCAGAGUGGUACCUGUCCAAAAACGCAUCAGUUGCCGUGGAGACAAGGGCUCUGAUCGCAUGGAUGGAGAAGUUGCCCUUUGUGCUUGGAGGCAACAUCCAGGGAGGGGAGCUGGUGGUGACCUUCCCUUACGACAAAACUCGCUCCCUGGGGGUGGGCAGGGAGCAGACCCCCACCCCAGAUGACCACAGCUUCCGCUGGCUGGCCUUCUCCUACGCCUCCACCCACCGCCUCAUGACGGCAGCCAACCAAAGGGUUUGCCACACAGAGGAUUUUGCCAAGGAGGACGGCACCAUCAACGGAGCGUUGUGGCACACCGCGGCUGGCAGUAUGAAUGACUUCAGCUAUUUGCACACAAACUGCUUUGAGUUAUCGAUGUAUGUGGGUUGUGACAAAUUCCCUCAUGAGAGCGAGCUGCCUGAGGAAUGGGAGAACAAUCGAGAGUCUCUUCUUGUCUUCAUGGAGCAGGUGCAUCGUGGGAUCAAAGGCGUGGUGAGGGAUCUGCAAGGUCGCGGAAUAGCAAAUGCCACCAUCUCUGUGGAGGGCAUCAGCCACGAUAUUCGCACAGCUUCUGAUGGCGGUUCUAGACAAAUUUUAUUUGGGUUACUUUUUUAG